AAAAGUUUUACUUGAUUAGGUAUGCACAGAUAUGGAAUAAACUACCAAUGGAAAUGCGUCAAGCAAGUACAUUGGCCUCCUUCAAAAAGGUGCUUAAUGACAAACUACAAGAGUUUGCAAACGAUAAUAGUUCUAGUUCAUAUCUGAGAGCCUCCGAAAUUAUAGGACCAUUUAAUGUAUAAGCUUAAAUACUACACCUGUUGUUUUUUGCCUAUAUUUAUAAUUCUAGAUAGAACAUUAACGGUUAAGAUACGUAUCCUCAAACAGACAAGAAAUCUCGUUUGUCAAACUACUACCCAAUACAAUAAGUGGAAUAAAAUGGACAUAAACCGACAACAUGAAAGAGGUAUAACUCACCACAACAUCACAUGGACAGAUGUGCGCUCGUUGGGCACCAUAUAUCCGUCACCAACUGCAACCCACCUUUCCUUAGAUAAUUUAAUAUUCUCAACUGCUGUUGGAACAGGUGAAAUUCAUAAACCUUCCUCAUGCUAAGAAAAUACCCACAAGCAGUAGAAAUCCAUUAAUUAAUGCGUCUGAAGCUUGUGUAUUUACUCCCAACAAUGACAUUGCAGAUCAAAUGAGAUAAACAUAUCACUGAUUUCAAAAUAACACAUCAAUGAACUAUAAUUCAAGGAUUCUGCACACAACAAAGUUAUGUAUGAAAAUUGACUUCAAGCUUUAUUUUUUUUCCCAGGCACUUAUAAUCCAUCCACCAAAGACCUGGUUUUUUGUUAAUGCGAAG